AUGCAGGCCCUGUAUGCUGAUGAUGAUGCUGAUGCAGUUUCUGCCGCUGAGCUGGCCGCGAACUUCAUGGAGUUGGACGGCCACAUGCCGCCUAUGCCACAAAACUCCGACUCUGGACCAGUGCAGGGCGCACAUUCUCAGCGCAACGCACCAGAGACGCGUGAAGUACGCGGGGCUCGACCCUCUGUCGCACCUACCCGACGAUCAGCUCGAAUUCGCGGUCGUGGAGAACAACACUGCGAUUUGCAGUCUAUGUGGAAAACAGAUGCAAGAAUCGCAUCUGUAUUCCAAGGAGCAUCAAAAAAGGGUGAUGCGAACAAGAGCCAAAGCCCUGCGACCAAUUGCAGUGCAGGAGAUGCCACAGACCGAACGGUGGCUUGCUUUGGGUCCUGCAGCUCGAACGGGACAAGCUGA